CCAGGGAGCACUCAUUGCUCUUUUAAACUCUACAGCACCAGGGAUGAAGUCACCUUUCUUCUUUUAAAACCAACAGAUUUGCCCUGUAAGUCCCUCUCACUUCUGUUAGAACUUGGUGGUUUUUUUCUACUGCCGAUCACCGAGACCUUCUCUCAGGAGAUUCUGUUUGAUCUGAGAGCUGCAUGUGCAAGAGAGCUGCUGGAAGCAUGGACCUCAGUGAAAAAUGGCCCUUGGAAGAAGGAACCUGGUUGUCCCAUGCUGGAAUUCAUCACUUUGCCAACACCAGAGGAGACAGUGAUUUCGUGGAAGCCUCUCCCGCGCCCUACAGCCCGGAGGAGUUAGGUCCUCCUCCUGUGUGUUACAGCCCUGGUAGUCCCACCCCAAUUCUAGAAGACCCCAACUACUUUUUCCCAGACUUUCAGCUCUAUUCUGGGAGACGUGAAGCAUCUGCUUUGACGGUGGAGGCAACUGGUAGUAGCAUCAGGGAAAAAGUUGUCGAGGACCCCGUGUGUCACUUCCAGCCCCCAAGCCUCCUGAGGACCUCAGAGGUGGAAAUGAGAGGUUCCGAGGAUGCAGCAGCUGGGACAGUGUUACAGCGGCUGAUCCAGGAACAACUGCGGUAUGGCACCCCAACCGAGAACAUGAACCUGCUGGCCAUUCAGCACCAGGCCACAGGGAGCGCCGGACCCGCCCACCCCGCAAACAGCUUUUCUUCCACGGAGAACCUCACUCAAGAAGACCCACCAAUGGUCUACCAGUCGGCACGCCAGGAGCCGCAGGGUCAGGAGCACCAGGUGGACAAUACGGUGAUGGAGAAGCAGGGGCGGUCUGCGCAGCCUCAGCAGAACAGUGAGGAGCUGCCCACUUAUGAGGAGGCCAAGGCACAGUCCCAGUUCUUCCGGGGACAGCAGCAGCAGCAGCAGCAGCAACAGCCUGGGGCCGUUGGCCACGGUUACUACAUGGCCGGGGGCAGCAGUCAGAAGGCCCGGACCGAGGGGAGGCCCACGGUGAACCGUGCCAACAGUGGACAGGCACACAAGGACGAGGCGCUGAAAGAACUCAAGCAGGGCCAUGUCCGCUCCCUCAGUGAGAGGAUCAUGCAGCUGUCCCUGGAGAGGAAUGGUGCCAAGCAACACCUCCCUGGCUCAGGGAAUGGGAAGGGGUUCAAGGCAGGCGGGGGCCCCUCCCCAGCCCAGCCUGCAGGCAAAGUGCUGGACCCCCGGGGUCCUCCGCCUGAGUACCCCUACAAGACAAAGCAGAUCAUGUCCCCCGUCAGCAAGACCCAGGAGCACGGACUCUUCUACAGUGACCAGCACCCUGGGAUGCUCCACGAGAUGGUCAAGCCUUACCCUGCUCCUCAGCCCGCGAGGACCGAAGUGGCCGUCCUGCGGUACCAACCACCCCCCGAGUAUGGAGUAACCAGCCGUCCCUGCCAGCUCCCGUUCCCGUCGACAGUACAGCAGCACAGCCCGAUGUCUUCCCAGAACCCCCCUGUCAGCGGGCCACUGCACUCCGUGUCCUUGCCACUGCCGCUUCCCAUGACCCUGGCUGCUCCGCAGCCUCCUCCGGCCGCCUCACCCAGCCAGCAGCUUGGUCCUGAUGCCUUUGCCAUCGUGGAGCGAGCCCAGCAGAUGGUGGAGAUCCUCACUGAGGAAAACCGGGUGCUUCACCAGGAACUUCAGGGUUACUACGACAAUGCUGACAAGCUCCACAAGUUUGAAAAAGAACUUCAGAGAAUUUCAGAAGCCUAUGAGAGCCUGGUCAAGUCCACUACCAAGCGAGAAUCACUGGACAAGGCAAUGAGAAACAAACUGGAAGGCGAGAUCCGGAGGCUUCAUGAUUUCAACAGAGACCUCCGAGAUCGCCUGGAGACUGCCAAUAGGCAGCUGUCUAGCAGAGAAUACGAUGGGCAUGAAGACAGAGCUACAGAGGGGCUUUACGCUUCCCAGAACAAAGAAUUCUUGAAGGAGAAGGAGAAGUUGGAAAUGGAGUUAGCGGCAGUGCGGACCGCGAGUGAGGACCACCGGAGACACAUUGAGAUCUUGGAUCAGGCUCUGAGCAACGCCCAGGCCAGAGUCAUCAAGCUAGAGGAGGAGUUACGAGAGAAGCAAGCCUAUGUGGAGAAGGUGGAGAAGCUCCAGCAGGCCCUGAGCCAGCUGCAGUCUGCAUGUGAGAAGCGAGAGCAGAUGGAGCGGAGACUACGGACAUGGCUGGAGAGAGAGUUGGAUGCUCUGAGGACCCAGCAGAAACACGGAAACAGCCAGCCAGCCGGCAUGUCAGAAUAUAAUGCCCCGGCCCUCCUGGAACUUGUGAGGGAGAAGGAGGAGCGGAUCCUGGCCCUGGAGGCCGACAUGACCAAGUGGGAGCAGAAGUACCUGGAGGAGAGUACUAUCCGACACUUCGCCUUGAACGCUGCAGCCACUGCGGCCGCUGAGAGGGACACCACGAUCAUCAACCACUCAAGGAAUGGCAGCUACGGUGAGAGCUCGCUGGAGGCCCACAUCUGGCAGGAGGAGGAGGAGGUGGUGCAGGCCACCCGGAGGUGUCAGGACAUGGAGUACACUAUUAAGAAUCUCCAUGCCAAAAUCAUAGAGAAGGAUGCCAUGAUUAAAGUCCUGCAGCAGCGAUCCCGGAAAGACGCUGGGAAGUCAGACUCCUCGAGCCUGCGUCCUGCCCGCUCCGUCCCGUCCAUUGCCGCGGCCACCGGGACGCACUCCCGCCAGACCUCGCUGACCAGCAGCCAGUUAGCCGAAGAGAAGAAAGAGGAGAAGACCUGGAAGGGGAGCAUAGGGUUGCUGCUGGGGAAGGAGCACCACGAACACGCUUCCAUGCCCCCGGCUGCAGUGCUGUCCCCCAGCGCCCUCACCAACUCGGCCGGCAGCGCCCACGCCAAAACAGGCAGCAAGGACAGCAGCACCCAGACGGACAGGAGUGCUGAACUCUGGUGGCCCAGCACAGCCUCGCUGCCCAGCCGCGGCAGGCUGAGCGUGACCCCCUCCAACAGCCCCAUCCUAAAACACCCGCUGGCCAAAGGGACUGCGGAGAAAUCGGAGAACCCUCUGGGCCACGGGAAGUCCCCUGAGCACAAAAGCCGCGUGAGCAGUGUGCUCCACAAACCUGAGUUCCCUGACGGAGAGAUGAUGGAAGUUCUCAUCUAGUGCUGGUGUCCCUGCUGCAUUCUGUAAGGGGACUUGACCAACCUGGAACAUGGCCGAGAUGGAGAAGAGAGAUCAAGAAAGUUGUGGAUGAGAAAUCAGGAGUGCUUUGAACUGACAAAGACCUUAGAUUAGUGAGAACACUUUUGUAAGCAUUUAAAACCUACAUGACUGAAGAUGAGGGGAAUGCUGUGGAUUCCUAUUCCGUAUGUUGAGAAGAGAGAAGCCGCAUGUAGGUUUGGAAACCAAGAAGUCACCGGAAGUGGGAUUUUUACUGUAUAGAAAAUAUAUCUCUUGGGGAGGGAGGGUCUAUGUACAGCGGCUUUCUAGUUAUAAACACAUAAACCUGAACAUGGAUCUUCCUUGAAAUACCCCCAUUCUCCUUGCCUCUUAGCAUGUUGUUGUCGUCGUUUUUUAGAAGAAUCUUCCAGAAAUCUCCAAGAGCCCAUCUUGGCACCAACAUAAAUGUCACCCGUGCCAUUGGAGUUUCCUGUGAACAUGGCGGGGGGUGGGGGUGGCAGUGAGAACACGUGUCUGUAGGUGAUGGGAAUUUAGAAGGCGGUUCGCACCCAAUUCCCUGCUUGGUUUGGAUUUUCAGGAAAUGGUGAGGCUUCUUAACUUCUUUGGCUGUGGCAGUAAAUAUGGAAGAGGAUGGGAGCAUUAUGAUCUUGGUGCUCAAACUCCCUAACUGCUCUGAGUUUCAUCACUUCCUACGCUUCAUUCUCUUUAAUUUCACUCUUCUUUUCUAUCACUUCUCCUUGUUCAUGCAACACGGUGGAAUUCCUUAGGUCUUGGAUUUAUGAGAGCAGAGUCUGAUCUCUGUUUAAUAGUGACCAGUGGGACAGAGCUGUGUGCUGGCUGCCUGGCUGCUUCCUCCCCCUUGGAGUCACUGGGCUGCAGCUGCUAAUCUCCUGGCUGGGGACUAGGUAAGUUUGGAUGAGGCGGAAGAUUCCGUGGUCACUGCGACAUCCUGCAUUCAGAUCGGGGCUCUGGCUCUUCUCUCUCAUAUCUGCUCUCUCACGCAGAGCUUGGCAGCUCCACCUCGGUGCUCUGUUGGGCUGAGACUUUCAGGAUUGCCCUCCAGGCAAUGAAUGACACUUGACUUGGUGGCCUCCAGAGAGUCACCAGACAGCUUGUACGACGUUCUCGAAUCUGUGGCUCAUGACCAUCAUCACCACUCUCCCCAGCCCCUCGCACUGUGGACGAGCACGUAGGUCUCUGUGUUAACACAUCAGUGUUUUUCCGUCGUGAACUUGCUUUGUGACUUAGCAGGCCAGGAUUUGUACAGUGAAGUCACGUUUUUCGAGGUUUCGGUUUGGGCCAAGUUGACCGGAGUCAGACAGAAGGACCACGUUGAAGAUCCAGGAAUGAGUCGGGGUAGUGGGCCUCUUACCCCUGUGCGUGACGGCAUGUCUAACUCCUCAGACGUGGGCUUGCUUUACAGAUCUAAGAGGGGCUAGAUCAGGAAAGAGAAGCUAAUCGGGCUGCCACAUGUUCUUGUAGGCUCCUGCGGUUUUCCUCCCUCCAGGUCAACUGGAUCCUCUUAUCCCAGGUCCCCUUCCCUGGGCUUCGUUAAGGUAACAAAGAAAAGGGGCCUGGGUCAGAGACUUUCUCCUGUGACAUUUAGGAGCAUUGAGCACAACGCUCUGCAGGGAAUUUUGCUUGGGUGACUUACCUUGGAGUUGGCCUGUGAUGUAUGAGGCAGGUGGAGUUGUAGCCUCCCCAGAUUGUCGUGGUGGGAGAAGGACUGAGGUGUAGACUAGAGAGGGGGAGGGAGGAAAUCCGUGGCCUUGGCCAGAGGGGGCACAGUGAGUGGGACAUAGCAGGAGCCGUCUCUUCCCGAGCUCCUCUGCGGUGGGCACUGAGCUUUGUGCUUUGUGCCUUUAGCCUCCUCUAGUCCUGUCAGGCCGGGAAGCUGGAGCAGUUCUGCAGGCAUCAGCAGCCUGCCUAAUGCCUGGGGCUGUGUGCAUGUGGAUGCAGAGGAUGGGGAUAGGGCACAGGAGGCCCCAUCCCAGUCCCUGUUCCCAUCACUUUGGUGAGGUGUAGAUGACGGCAGCUCUUUCUCUUAAGGGUAUUUUGACUUCAAAGCCCCAACCCUCAGGACCUCAGAAUGGGGCUGUAUUUGGAAAUGGGGUUUUUACAGAGGUUUCUGAGUCAUAAGGAGGUCUCUAGAAUGUGCCUUGAUCCCAUAUGAUGGGAGUCCUUAUCAGAAGAGUGGAUUAGGGUACAGACACACACUGGUGGAUGACCAUGCAAAGACACAGUAAGGAGAUAGUGUUUACAUGCCACGGAGAGAGACCUCAGAAGGAGCCAGCCCCACCCACAGCUGGAUCUGAGACUUCCAGUCCCAAGGAUUAGGACACAAUAAAUAUGUGUUGUUUAAACAAACAAACAAACAAAAAAAAGGUAUUUUGACCUCUUAAUUAAUGUUGGAAAUGGACCAGAAAUGAAAGCAAGGUCUGGACAUAGGAGGGCAAGUCUCCUCUGCCUGUCCCUGCAACCCACACCCGGGCCACGGCAAACUGAGCUGUCUCCCCUAGGAAUGGGUAAUGGUGAGAGCCACAGCCCCCUGUCCCCCGAGCCUUGUCUUUCUGCUCCAGCACACCUUUGGCACCAGGUUCCAGGCUCGUGUACGGCCCUUGGUUGCCCCCAUCGCCAAGUGUAUUGUCAGAGUGCAAACACAGACGUCACCAGUUUUCGGUUGUGCUGUGCACUUUGGCAGUCUUCUUUCUUCUAACUUGCUUAGACUCUCCCAUAAGAAAAGGGACCUCUAGCUUUUAGGUGUGUUCUUUUCUGGGAGAUUUCCUGCCACGCCAGGGCCCCCUGAUGCUUUUCAUGUUCGUAGCUUUCUCGAAGCCUUGCUGGCUGACACGUAGGAGCAAGGGAUUGCAAAUACCGAGCAUCUGCUCUGCAGUUCUAGGCAAUUUACAAUCAUUUAUCUCAUUUGAUUUUCAGAAAAAUAAAUCCCAGCUCUUUUUUCGUGCUGGCUGUAGGCAAGCAAGGUGGUGAGCAUCUUUUAAUGAGUCCUUGAGCCAUCUGCAGAGCAAGGCCUAGUUCAGCCUUCUUUCACAGUGGAAGAAAUGGGCUCAAGGAGCUUCGGUCCCUCCCCAAAGCCUCACAGCAGUGGCAUCUGGACGAGGGCCUGUCACAGGCUGCAGCACCACCAACAUGGGUCAGAACCAUGUUUGAGGCCAUGUCUUGGCCCACGUUGGCCUCGUCUAUGGUGUGUGAACAGGCACAGCACACACACAAACACAAAGGUACACACACAUAGCUGCCACACCUCUCGGGAACUGAGGAAGAGGACCACAGCCCCAGACUCUUAGAAUUGCCCAUAAACACGAGGAACAGACGGAAGUCUUAGUGUUCCAUCAUCGCAGGGCCACAAAAUCCAUCUCAAAAACACUUGUGUGUUAUCCAGAGGCCUGGACUUCAGGACUUGCCCGUGGGGUCUGAUUAUGGACCUCACGAGCCCCGUCUCGGAGUGAAGGGUAAAGGCUUUGGCUUUAUGUGAACACCUGCCAGGGUAAUCGGGCUUCUCCCGGGAUGGGCCUUCUGGUGGUUUCUGUGUGCUGACCGGGGUAUCUUAUGGAAUAGAUGCUACUGGAUUCUAGCCACUCGUUGCAGAACCUUUUCUUAGCAGUUUCUUCUCUUGGCUUAUCUUCCACCUGCUGGAGCUCGGCAGCCAGUGAGGGUGUGGAAUCCAGCCCAUUCCAGGCAGGCCUGUGGAUAGAGAGUGGUGGGGCCCUGUUCUGUCCUGUUCUGCAGGGCUGGCUCUUGGAUGUGGCUGCACCAGCCUGGGGUCCAGUCGCGAGAGAGUUGCUCUGUGGGAAUCCUGGUCUCGGAACGGAGACUGCAGUGAUGUGUUGCUCAGGGGACAGGCUGUGGGAUUGGCCACUGCAAAGGAGCUGGCCAUCACUCCCUCUCUCCCCCGGGUCACUCUCCGGCCCCUGUGUCCUCCUGAUGGGAAGACAGACCUGCUCCCGGGCAGCCUUCUGACUGGCAGAGACCGCUGCGAGCACAGAUGUCAGGUGAGGCUGAAUGCCCGGGACGCAGUGAAGAAUAGAUCGGGGCUUUAAAAGGUCUCGAAGCAGGGAGCUCAUGCAUGAUGCUCGGAGCUGAUUUUCCAGAACCAAAGUCGUGUUCCAGCCUGUGCUUGAGUCAAAGGGUAUGCUUCUGUGUGCUGAGAAUGAACUUGCACCCCUGAGCAGAGCAGUCCCGUGGCUGUGGGGAGUGGGAGCCCAUGGAUACUCUCGAACAGUAAAGCCGUCACGUAGCCACAGAGAACCCAGCCUACAGUUGUCUCCUUCCCACCCCUGAGCCUGGGGCAGCCGGGGUAGAGACUUUAGAAAUGUGGUUUUGCUUUUCUUCUUUUUUGCUAAUUAAUUGAUGUGUUUAAAAUGUCUUCCCUCAAUGUGAGGACUGUUUAAUCAGCUUGCCUCUGAUGUGUGUGGCUUGGUGGGAGAUGGGCAGAGUAAUUAAGAAGCUUCCAGAAAAAAAGAAAAAAAAAGAAGCUUCCAGAAGCUGACCAACUUGGGAGCAUUUAAGGUCAGCAUUUCAGUAAAGCAUUUCUUCUGGAACUAAUGAGCAGAUUUUUCUCUCUUCCUUUUAAGUAGUAUAUCCUUUUCUUGUUUAAUAAUGAUAUAUAAAGACGUGUGCAUGUCUGUGCAUACGUAUGGGUAUGACUCCAAGGUUGCGUGUCAGGUUUUCUUUCUUAAUAUGCGGAAGAUCCAAGCAUUUGAUCUCACCUCUUCCUCAAGCGCUGACCCUUUGGGAGACUCUAUGCUGAUUGCUGCCCCACUGCCCCAGGAGAAACAGUUUGCGAACACCUCUGUUAGAAUGGCCUUUGGCACCUGGGACAUUCGUUUGAUUAUCCUUACAGAUGAGAAAUCUUCAUCCUUUGAGGGUGGAUUUAAGUUUGGAAAUCAUCCCAGUUGAACAAAUAAAGAUGGGUGAUGAAAGUCACACCACUUUAGCUUUAAAAAAAGAAAAUCCCAAAAAUGUUCCUUGGAGUGAGUCUUUGGACUCCUAGAGCCUCUUGAAGUGACCACUUCCAAGGACUGUGGUCAUCACUACAUGUAACUUCAGGUGGGUUCGCUUUUAAAAAUCUCCUCUCUUGCCAUGCCUUGUAUGUGUUCACCUCUGUGCGUAUGCACAGACGGAAUGUGUAAUCCUUAGUAUAGACCUCCAGUGGGUGCUCUGUAAAGCCCUGUAAUACUUAAGUGCAUGUAAUUGCCAUGUAACGCGAUGACCAAGGUGUUUCUUUGUCAUAAAAGCUUGCUUCUUCACAGAAUUAAAAUACUCUUCUCAAAGUAAUGGGGUACAUACACAGCAUUUUCUCGUAUCAGCUCCCUAAAUGUCAAUGCCCAGUUGUGUGUUUACAUGUGAUUUUACCUAGGAUUCCGGUCCCCUGUAGACACCUGCGAGUAUUUAUUACAAAACAGAAUGUAAGCAAGUGUAUCUGCUGUGGUUUUCUUUGCAUUAAGGUGUUUUCCCUGGAGGGACCCUGGAGCCGCCUCCUCCACAGGGCACUGACAGAGUCUGUGUGAAAUUCUAUGAACCCAGGGCAGGCGCGGGCACCAACCUCAGCCAAAACUUGGAUGGCCCUCGGGCCACCACUCACUCCACUGGCCAUGUGAGUCAUUGCUGUGCAUGGUGGCAGCGUGCGGUGUUCCCUCCAGCAGCCUCUGGUGUGACAUUCUGGCAUCUUCGUCUGCUGGUGUGUAUUGAAGGGGGGCGGGCUGCAGAGCUGCACAGCCCAGGUGCGUAUGUGUAUAGGGGCAGGGGGUGUCCAGGAAUGCAGCGGGUCCCCCACGGCAGAUGUUAAUACUGUUGGUCAGCCAAAGAUUUUCCUAUUUGCUGCUUAAACUUGUGCCUUAAUAUUGUAUAUAAUAAAGGGAUAAAAUAGC